AUGAGCAUCGAAAAACUUACGAAUUGUUUUGGUGUCAGGAUUUUUAUACACGGAUGUAAACAUAGUGCUUUGUUAGAUAGUAGUUCUAGCGAAUAUCAGUAUCGAGAUGAAAUCGUUAACAUUCUUCUGGCAUCAAUUUUUUACGAUGUUGAAGAUGCUCUGUGGACAAAAACAAAACAACAACGCAAUUUCAUCAAACAAGAGAAUGAACGUGAAAGACUUGGAGAUAAACACGAUGGCAUCCUAUACAUGAAUGUACGUGGCGUAAAGGUUGGAGUUGGAUUUAUCGAAGUAGCGGACAAUGCAUUUAACACUAUAACAUCUGAUAAAAAUGAUGAUUUAGAGAAAUUAUUAAAAGGUAUAUAUGUAAUUCCAGUCAUUUGA